GGCAGUCUCCCCCUGGAGCCGCUCUCAGAUCACCGUGUACCCGUGUCCCCUCCUCACCUCCGAGCCUUAAACCAGCUCAGAGACAACACCACGACCUCCCACUGUCUCUCUGCGGACUCGGGACUGUUAAACCGACACUCACCGUUACUUUUUACCACUUUUCACGCUCCUUUUGGGCAGUUUUAUUGGGGGAACGUACAUUGAAGGGACCAGGAAGCUAAAGAGUGCUAAAGGUGCUAAAGGUUUUUAUCAGGCGUCCGGAGCGUCACCUCACCGCGGAUAUCUACACCAUGAGCGGCCUUUUGUGAGUUUUAGAGACAUUGUGAGGCCGGCGCAGAGAGUACAGGGCCCGGGGACUGAGAUGAAGCGGGACAGGAGAAGAUAGCGGUUCUUGGGCUCUUUGAGGGCUUAUAAACUCACACAUCCGAAACAUCUGUUUCCUGUCACUUGGACCAAAAUGGCUGCGGACGCGUCUGUCAACUUUCACUGGCUCAACCGAACUUGUAAAGUCGUAGUUUUACUCUGUUUUCUCCACAUAUCAGUGACUUUGUUUUUCUAUGUUCGUUCUUUUGAUUUACGCGUCGCAUUUGUCCAAAAUCAACAACAAAACCCUCGAUUUGUCGCGUCAACCAACCGCUCGAACCUCGUCCCCCUGACCGCUAACCAGGGCGGAGCAGAGCCAGGAAACACCGCGCAAGAAGCGGGCAGCAGCCCGGGGGUUAAAGAGGCGAGCCAGGGCCCGAAGACAAGGACCGAGACAGAGCCAAAGACAGAAACGGUGGUGAAAGAGCCGGACAAGAAGCUGGACAAGUGUCCGGAGACAUCUCCUCUUUUAGUGGGCCCGCUGAGGGUGGAGUUCAUGCGGCCCAGCCCCUCCCUGGAGCAGGUGAAGAAGGACAACCCUAGUAUCACCAGCGGGGGGCGCUUCAAACCCUCCAACUGUGAGGCUCUGCAGAAAGUGGCCAUCAUCAUCCCCUUCAGGAACCGCGACGAGCACCUCAAGUACUGGCUCUAUUACCUCCACCCCAUCCUCCAGAGGCAGCAGCUGGACUAUGGGGUCUAUGUCAUCAACCAGGACGGAGAUGCCACGUUUAAUCGCGCCAAGCUACUCAACAUCGGGUAUAGGGAGGCGCUCAAGGACUACGACUAUGAGUGCUUUGUGUUCAGUGAUGUGGACCUGAUCCCCAUGGACGACCGCAACACCUACAAGUGCUUCAACCAACCACGCCAUCUGUCUGUGUCUAUGGACAAGUUUGGGUUUAGACUUCCAUAUAACCAGUAUUUUGGAGGCGUGUCGUCCAUGAGCAAAGAGCAAUAUCUGAAAAUCAACGGUUUUCCAAACAACUACUGGGGCUGGGGAGGAGAGGACGAUGACAUCUACAACCGAUUGGCAUCCAGAGGCAUGAGCAUCUCCAGACCUAGUGGUGAAAUUGGGAAGUGCAGAAUGAUCCGCCAUGAGAGGGACCAGAAGAAUGACCCCAACCCCCAGAGGUUUGACAGGAUCGCUCAUACCAAGGAAACGAUGCACAAAGACGGUAUAAACUCUUUGAGGUACCGUGUGAUGAAGACUGAGCGUAUGGAUUUGUUCACGAGGAUCACAGUGGACGUGGGCACCCCCCCGUGACCCCAGCUUGACCUCUCACCCUGCUGGAAUCCUUGGGACUUGAAUUGGGCUGGACUCAGAUUUGUUUAAUCCAUGUCUUUUUGCACUUUUUUAUUGUUGUGUGUUUUUAAUGCUCUUGAAGGGUCACAUGGUCUCAGUGUCCAAGCACAAAGGAUUCUGGGUAAGUGCGGCUUUGGGGAGAAACAUGGCUGCAGAAUUCAGGUGAAAUGUAAAAUGUGUCCAUGACUGAGGGGUAAACCAGAGUCCAUCUCACUGUUGUCUGCUGGAGCAGAUGGUUUGUGGACAUCCAGGGUCAAACAUUCCUCCACAAUCCACAUGGCACAGAUCAAACUGCAGUCUGACUGAGGCAGGGCUGCACAGUAUGGGACCAGGGAACAUUUAAUGUUCAUUCACCCAAGCUUUUCACACAAACACUGUAUAUUUAAGGCUGAGUUCUCCUCUAAAAAACAGAAAACUCUGUUCCACCUUGUGAUGUCAUAAGGGGUAAUACAGGAAGUGCACCACUAUGUUUUUAAACUUCAUACACCUUGACUAGAAUUAUUUGGGUGAUUUUAGCCCUGGCACCCAUGUUUGUAGUCUUCCAGAGCUCUGGCAGCCAUGUUUUGUAGUCCUGUGAGUCCGACCCAGGAGCAGAAUGUCAUUUUAUGUAAAUCCCAGUUUGUGAUUGAACCAAAGAAAUGAAAGAAUCAUCUGUGAUUGUGUGUAAAUGUUUGGAAUGCUAAGUGACAAUCAGGAAAAAACUGUGAUAAAAAUGUUUUUAACUGUGCCUUCAUUUGUGUUGAAUAUAAAUAUGACAAACUUU